GCCUUCCUCGUGACCUUUCACCCCAGCAUGGCUGCGCCCAUGGGACCCGUGAAGUUCUGGCGACCGGGUACAGAGGGACCAGGUGUCAGUAUCUCUGAAGAGAGACAAAGUGUAGCGGAAAAUUCUGCAACAACCGUUGUUUACAACCCUUAUGCUGCCCUUUCCAUAGAGCAGCAGAGGCAGAAGCUGCCGGUGUUCAAGCUUAGGAAUCAUAUAUUAUACCUGGUAGAAAACUACCAGACGGUGGUGAUCGUUGGAGAAACAGGAUGUGGGAAGAGCACGCAGAUUCCCCAGUACCUUGCGGAAGCUGGCUGGACAGCGGAGGGAAGAGUUGUGGGAGUGACCCAGCCCCGGAGAGUGGCUGCUGUUACGGUCGCCGGGAGAGUGGCUGAUGAGAGGGGCGCCGUGCUGGGCCACGAGGUGGGCUACUGCAUCCGCUUCGACGACUGCACUGACCCGCUGGCCACCAGAAUGAAGUUUCUCACUGAUGGAAUGUUGGUCAGGGAAAUGAUGGUCGAUCCUUUGUUAACAAAAUACAGUGCCAUCAUGCUGGAUGAAGCCCACGAGAGGACCUUGUACACAGACAUCGCCAUCGGCUUGCUGAAAAAGAUUCAGAAAAAGCGAGGGGAUCUUCGACUGAUCGUGGCCUCAGCCACUCUGGAUGCGGAGAAAUUCCGGGAUUUCUUUAAUCAGAAUGAAACCAGCGACCCCACCAGGGACACGUGUGUGACCCUUACAGUGGAAGGGCGGACGUUUCCAGUGGACGUCUUUUAUCUGCAAAGUCCUGUUCCAGAUUAUAUCAAAUCAACUGUAGAAACCGUGAUGAAAAUUCACCAGACGGAGGGAGAUGGAGACAUAUUAGCAUUUCUGACUGGCCAGGAGGAGGUGGAAACCGUGGUGUCCAUGCUGAUCGAGCAGGCUCGCGCCCUGGGUCGGACGGGGAUGAAGAGACACCUCCGGGUUCUCCCCAUGUACGCAGGGCUGCCUUCCUUCGAGCAGAUGAAAGUCUUUGAGAGGGUGUCACCCAGUGUCCGGAAGGUGAUAGUGGCCACCAAUGUGGCGGAAACCUCCAUCACGGUCAGCGGGGUUGUGUAUGUGAUCGACUGUGGCUUCGUGAAACUCCGGGCCUACAACCCCCGGACGGCCAUCGAGUGCUUGGUGGUGGUCCCGGUGUCCCAGGCGUCGGCCAACCAGCGAGCAGGACGAGCCGGCCGCAACCGCUCGGGGAAGUGCUACCGCCUUUAUACAGAGGAAGCCUUUGACAACCUGCCUCAGUCCACCGUUCCCGAGAUGCAGCGGAGCAACCUGGCACCUGUCAUCCUGCAGCUGAAAGCGCUGGGAAUCGACAACGUCCUCAGGUUCCACUUCAUGUCGCCCCCUCCAGCACAGUCGAUGGUUCAAGCGUUGGAGUUACUCUAUGCCCUGGGAGGUCUGGACAAAGACUGUCGCCUAACCGAGCCGCUUGGCAUGAGGAUCGCGGAGUUUCCUCUGAAUCCCAUGUUUGCGAAAAUGCUGCUUGAGUCAGGAAAUUUUGGCUGUUCUCAGGAAAUUCUCAGCAUUGCAGCCAUGAUGCAGAUCCAGAAUAUCUUCGUGGUGCCCUCACACCAGAAGUCCCAGGCGAUGCGAGUGCACCGGAAAUUUGCCGUGGAGGAAGGCGAUCAUCUCACUAUGCUCAACGUGUAUGAAGCGUUUAUCAAGCACAGUAAGAACUCGCAGUGGUGCCAGGAGCACUUCCUCAACUACAAGGGGCUGGUCAGAGCUGCCACCGUCCGGGAGCAACUGAAGAAGCUCCUCGUCAAGUUCCAGGUGCCCAAGAAUUCGAGCGAAGGAGAUCCAGAUCCGGUUCUGCGGUGCAUCGUUUCGGGAUUCUUCGCAAAUGCAGCGAGGUUUCAUUCUACCGGAGCUUAUAGGACCAUCCGCGACGACCACGAACUGCACAUCCACCCGGCGUCAGUGCUCUAUGCGGAGAAGCCGCCUCGCUGGGUUAUCUACAAUGAAGUCAUACAGACCUCCAAGUACUACAUGAGAGAUGUGACCGCUGUUGAAUCUGCCUGGCUGCUGGAGCUGGCUCCACACUUCUACCAACAAGGAACGCACCUGUCCCUGAAAGCCAAGCGGGCCAAGGUCCAGGACCAGUGAGCAGAGCUGGUGGGGCCCUCUUCUCCGUGCUGCUGCCCCAGCUCCGGGGGACGGCGAGCUGUCCUCGGCUCCCGUGGAACCUUCAGCCGCCCGUGCACUAGCCCCUUCUUCCCGCUCCCCUCCGCAUCUGCACUCCUCGCUGGGAUUCCGGAGGAGCUGUGUGCGGGCAGGCACCCUGCCGCACGGCACCCAGCAGAGCGGGAGGUGGCAGGGCUGUGCUCGUCGGUCACUCGGCACCCUCAGGACCCAGCAUGCCACUCCAACAGGCACACUGUCCUGGCCUAGCUCAACAGGGAACAAGGGGGAAAGUUAGCCAGUCCACCUGCAGCACCAUGCCGGUGCCCUGGGGGUUUGCUGGGCUGGCUUUGCUUUCCCUGGAGGGGCCAGGGCUAUGCAGACCAGUGCGGCCAGCUGCUAGGUGCGAGUAAGUGUGUGCCCACAGAGGGGUGUGACCUGGGAAACACUGCGGAUUUCUGCCAGUCACCACGGGGCCUGUCUGGCGGCACAGGAGAUCCCCACACCAAGGCGCUUCUGGUUUCCCCUUUGCCCGUGUCCGUCUGCGGGCAGAAGACUCACAAGGAUGGGCGAUCGACAGAGAGGACUCGUGUGCUGUUCUCUGUUAGCACAGGUUUCCCUGUUUCACAAGUGGGCUCAGCUUUCUCUGCCGACAGUAUCACCAGCUGGGCGGCUUGGCCCAUGGGGCCUCCGUGGCAGUAAUGCACA